AUGAGACUUAACCAGGAUUUUAACGAUCUUACCAGUUUUCUGACUUUUUCGUGUGGCGCCAGUAUAACACCGAUUGUGAACGAUCUAGAAUGGACGAUGUGGCAGAGACUGGACAAUUCAUCAUUGGACUACAAUAUUGUUAUCCUCUCAGAUCAAUCCUAUAUAUUACCGACAUACAACGAACAAACCAACGAUUACACACUAAGCAGAUACACCUACAACACAACACUCAUCUCCAGCUUCUACUCUGACAUUCGCUUCUCUGCAAACAGCUCACUUUCACUCCUAAUAAUAGAUACCAAUAAACUUGUAAUCUAUGAUAACAAUCAAUUCAUUUUAUCAUUAUUAAAUAUUAAUACAGGUAACGCAAUUUGGUCCAUUGAUAGUACGAAUUGCGGUGGUGUAAAGACAGCUUCUCCACCUCAGUAUAUUUAUGAAAAGUUAUGGUCACUAUCGAAACAAGUUGUAUCGAUUUUAGAUAUUACUCUGUCCGGUGAGAGUAGCUUCUAUAUAUGCAGUCCCGAUGCUAUCUACUUGGUGGAUACAUCGCAUGCAACAGUAAAGACACUUGCUUUCCAGGCUAACGAUAAUCAAACUGGAUUGGCAUACGCAUGCAAACUCUCGAAUGCACAGAGUGCAAUCAUGGCGAUUACAUCCAAUCUCUAUGAUUCGAACAACAACAACGAGACAAACAAGCUCGAACAGAAUGUAAUAUUAAAGAUUUCCGAUUCGAAAUGUAUUGAGCUGUGUUCGCAGAAUACCACUUGUACAACCGAUAGCUAUCUAAUCUUAACAAUUUGUUUAAUUAAUUAA